UAAGAUCUUUGAUUGUGCGAGGUGGGUCAGGCGACGACGCAAAGCGGCGCUAUACAAUGCAGCAGGGAGCCGCGCACACAGGCAAAUAUCUUAUAGCUCUGCUGUAAGAUCUUUGCACACAGGUUCGUGUCGUCUUACUGUCGUGUUACUGAUGAGUUAAGGGAAGGUAUCCACAUGAGUGGGACGGCCGCGCCACAACCUGUCAAUGUCACACAUACAACCGGGAGUGUCCAGGAUCUCCGGCGUUACUGCCCAGUGUGUCGCUUAACUCAGGGGGAUUCAGCACAGACGUGCCCCGGACCUGGACCGCAAGUGAUGUGGUGCUCUAUCUGCAAGACCAUGGGUUUGCUGUGGCUGCUGACAGGCCUCUACACUGUGGAGCUGUACAGAGCAGCAACGUUAGCCACUGUGGGAUCCAACACCACCGUCCCUGUGGGUGGAACGGUGAGAUUCCUCUAGGAUCUUUGGGCUGAAGCAGCUGGUGGCAGCGGCACCGGAAGUGCAGAAUGGGCCACCGGAAGUACACAUCCCUUCUUCAGUCUGAUGCUGCGUCUCGAGGCGAACCAUGUGACCAAUCUGUAGCGGAAAUGUUUACAGCAAUGAAGCGGAAAUGUUUUAUUGUCAACGCUCCACAACAGGAAACCACAAUACAUGAGGAGUUGAUUUCUUUCGCUCCAGAGAUGCUGUUGCACCCGCUGAGUUUCUCCAGCUUUUAUGUUGACCUUCGAUCUUUCAACAUCUGCAGUUCCUUCUUAAACAAUAUAUGAGCAUUAAUCGGUGGAGCAGAAUGACAAUCUGUCAAGUUCCAGAGAUGUGACGGGCGAGGAAGUCACACACACACAAGAUCCUAUUCACAUACAACACAGAGAGUGUCCAGGUUGCUUGUCCGUUGUUACUGCCCAGUGUGUCGCUUCACUCAGGGGGAUUCAGCACAGACGUGACCCGGACCUGGACCGCAAGUGAUGUGGUGCUCUAUCUGCAAGACCAUGGGUUUGCUGUGGCUGCUGACAGGCCUCUACACUGUGGAGCUGUACAGAGCAGGAACGGUAGCCACUGUGGGAUCCAUCACCACCGUCCCUGUGGGUGGAACGGUGAGAUUCCCUCUCCUACACCACAGCCAGGAGAUGGUCGAGGUGGUGAUGAUGCGGAUCGAUCCCUAUAUUGGAAUCCUGGCCUGGAAGUCGAACAGCCCGGAGUUUCCGCACUGGAUCAACUCGUCCUACAGGGACAGGGUCCACUUCCGACGGGACGCCUUCAUCGAGCUGCGGGCCGUGGGGCCGGGUGACCAGGGGACGUACGAGGUGCAGACAAUCUACUAUGGGAGUGAGAUGUGGAAACGUGACCGUUUUAUGCUGCGAGUGGUUGAGCCGAUGUCCACACCGACCGUGGAGGUGAGCUGCAACUCGUCGCAUCUCACGCUGAACUGUUCCACCGUCAGCGGCUGCCUGGUCACCUACCGGUGGGAGCAGCGAUCGCAGGAUCCCGGCGUGGAGAACGUCACCUUCCCCGGAGCCGUGCUCUACCUGUCCAACACGGGGCAACUCAACUACACCUACACCUGUGUCACAGAAGAUUGCUGCAGCAGCCACGCAGUCCCUGCAACUCUGCAAUGCAACAACCUGCCCAGAGGGUCUAGGAAUCAUUGGAUGCUCAUUCCCGCCAUGUUGCUUCCCGCUGUAGCCGCCACGCUGGGCAUCUGGACAUCGUAUCGCCACAGAAAUCCUGGAAAGUGUCUUGAGUGUCUUACUCAACAUUUACCCCCCCCUCCUGCCCCGUUUCAUCAGGCAACAGAACCAUUCCACCACAACCAGAGAGCAAUGAUGACCACGCACUAUCCUUGAUCGCACUUUACCUUGCACUAAACGUUGCACUAUAAAUGGGCUGAUUGUAUCUUUCCACUGACUUGUUGGCACCUCUGUACACGUGACAAUGAACUACACUGUUGCCAGGAGAGUUGCGGGCAGGGGCAGAGUGCAGACGUGGGAGUGCGGGAAGAUGACGGAGAACUUACCAACAUAACAUCGACCUCAAUGUGAACAAGACCCCGACCUACUUGAUGCCACGAGUACCUACGCCCUCGUGACGACUAUGCUGCGAGUAUGAGUCAAGGGCAAACUCGGCAGUGGUUGUGAAGUUUAUAAUUAUUUAUAUUAAAUAUAUUUUGAACUAAUCAUCCUUAAUUUGAAUGUUUCUUUGUUUACUGCCAGCCUUCAUGAUGCUUUAAUAACCUUUUAAUUUUUAUUUUCUUGUUUUGUAUUGAAUGUACUAAUUUGCUGUUGUGUCUUUUAAUUGUUUUUAUAUAAUGUAAAUACUGGUUCUGUUCUGUUGUUUUUUGUACAAUCCUGCAAGUGUUGCCACUUUCAUUUCACUUGCCUUGAAUUACACUAUAUUAAUAUUAUUAUUUUUUAUAAAACCCUUCUCGUACAGUAAACCCAAAAUGUUUAAGCAAUGUGGACUAAGCCACAUUGUUACUAAGUACUAAGUUACAGAGAAAGG